AUGUUACAAACAUCUGUUUUGCCCAAACUAUUCUUUCUCACUCUUGAAACUAAAUUUGAAGUUGAAAGCCAAGAGAAAAUGGCCUAUUACCACAAUGACUAUAAAAAGAAUGAGGAGGUGGAGUUUGUCCGAACCGGCUAUGGGAAGGAUAUGGUAAAAGUUCUCCAUAUUCAGCGAGAUGGGAAAUAUCACAGCAUUAAAGAGGUGGCAACUUCAGUGCAACUUACUCUGAGCUCCAAAAAAGAUUAUCUGCAUGGAGAUAAUUCAGACAUCAUCCCCACAGACACCAUCAAGAACACAGUUCACGUCUUGGCAAAAUUUAAAGGGAUCAAAAGCAUAGAAACUUUUGCAAUGAGCAUCUGUGAGCAUUUCCUUUCCUCUUUUGACCACGUCAUCCGAGCUCAAGUCUACGUGGAAGAAGUCCCCUGGAAGCGUCUUGAAAAGAAUGGAGUUAAGCAUGUCCAUGCAUUUAUUCACACUCCCACUGGAACGCACUUCUGUGAGGUGGAACAGAUGAGGAGUGGACCUCCAGUCAUUCAUUCUGGAAUCAAAGACCUCAAGGUCUUGAAAACGACCCAAUCUGGAUUUGAAGGAUUCAUCAAGGACCAGUUCACCACCCUCCCCGAGGUGAAGGACAGGUGUUUUGCCACCCAAGUGUACUGCAAGUGGCGCUAUCAUCAGUACAGAGACGUGGACUUUGAUACUACCUGGGAUACUGUUCGGGAUAUUGUCCUGGAGAAAUUUGCUGGACCCUAUGACAAAGGCGAGUACUCGCCCUCUGUCCAGAAGACCCUCUAUGACAUCCAGGUGCACUCUUUGAGCCGGGUUCCUGAGAUAGAAGAUAUGGAAAUCAGCCUGCCAAACAUUCACUACUUUAAUAUUGACAUGUCCAAAAUGGGAUUGAUCAACAAAGAAGAGGUCUUGCUACCAUCAGACAAUCCCUAUGGCAGAAUUACUGGAACCGUCAAGAGGAAGCUGACUUCGAAGCUGUGA